AUCUUUUCCAAAAGUGUUCGUGAAGGAGGUGAGAUGUGGCGGCUGGUGUGGUUGCUGGCGGGAGUGACCGCAAUCCCCCCGCACCAGGAGACGGCACGGGUCGCCCGCUUCGUGGCCCAUAUGUGUGACUGGGGCGCGCUGGCUACGAUCUCCACGCAGGAUCCUCCGAUGCGAGGCCAGCCCUUCGCCAAUGUCUUCUCCGUCAGUGACGGGGCGGUGGGAAAAAGUAGUGGGGUCCCUUAUAUGUACCUGACGGACCUGGAAAUCUCAGUGCAUGACCUGAAGGUGAAUGCAAAUGCCUCCCUAACCAUGUCCUUGGCACAGACUUCUUAUUGCAAGAAGCAAGGUUAUGAUCCCCAAGAUCCUCUAUGUGCCCAUGUGAUCUUCUAUGGCGUAGUUGAGAAGGUUCAGAAUGGUACAGAAGCUGAUUUUGCAAAGACAGCACUGUUCAGUAGACAUCCUGAAAUGGCAUUUUGGCCUGUAGGGCAUAACUGGUUUUUUGCCAAACUGAACAUCAUCAACAUCUGGCUUCUAGACUUCUUUGGUGGAAUCAAAACUGUGACUCCAGAAGACUAUUUUAACGCUGUACCCUAGGAUUAACAUUUUUUGGAUGCAACUGAACAUCUCUCCUUUCACUAAGCAGUUCCAUAACAAGAAGAUAAGGAUUCUAUGGGAACUGGGCAAAACUCCAAAUUUGCAUAUUCAUUUAAAAGUCUGAAAUUCGUGCCAAGAAAUCUAAUUCUAUGAACACAUUUUUUUAGGAUAUGCAAAUUGACACAGCCUGCAUAAUUCAUUUUGCCUCAGAUUUUUAAAGAGAGUUCACUAUUUUUCAGCGAGUCUAUAACAAUUCAGUUAGGGCAAGAAGAAUAUGGUCGUAAAACAGAAGUAAAGGAAAAUUUGGGAGAAGAAAAAGGGAGGUAAAUAAUUGUAAACUUAACUUUGGUGUGUCCAAAAAUUAUCAUAUAUUCAUCUGUACUCUGCCUUGAUUUAGAAAUUUGCAUUAAAUUUGUAAAUAGCAUCUUGGAUUCAGUCCCUGCUUACCUGUUGGAUGAUUUUAUUGUUGGAAUCAGAUUUCAUUGUUGGAAACAUUGCACACUAUGAUUUGAUUUGAUUGUAUAUUAUGUAUUAUCUUUUAUUCUCCAACCAGAAUUUCAUUGUUAAAUGGGUGGUUAAAUAAAUUUAUUAAAUAAAUAAAAGUAAUGAAAUGUGUGAAUAAA